UGUGAUUAUAGACUUGUAAAGUCCGUCUUCCACUCCAACCACUGCCAUUUCUACCGGAUCCACUCAGUUUUCGAUUCCAUUCUCCGGCGAAGCCAUGAAUUCCAUGCUUACACUCACCGUGGCGGCCUUAGCAGCCGUCGUCGCCAUCGUUUUCUCCCUCCAAAGCCCACUCCUCAAGCUUAAUCAGUUUCUAGCCCCGCCGCAGAUUGCCGGAACCCACGAUUUUCUCCAUUCCGCCACCGUCCUCCCGCUCACCGGCGCCGUCGGUCCCGAGAGCCUGGUUUUUGAUCCUAACGGUGAAGGCCCCUACACCGGCGUCGCCGACGGCCGGAUUCUCAAGUGGCAAGGCGAUGGCCGCGGCUGGACCGAUUUCGCCGUCACCAGCUCUCAGAGGAGCGAGUGUGUUCGCCCGUUUGCACUUGAGUUGGAGCAUGUUUGCGGGAGGCCAUUAGGACUGCGUUUCCAUAAGAAAACUGGGGAUCUCUACAUUGCUGAUGCCUAUCUCGGCCUUCAUGUGGUCGGACCUGCUGGUGGUUUGGCGACCAAACUCGUGACAGAAUUCGAAGGCAAGCCACUUCUCUUCACAAAUGAUCUUGAUAUUGAUGCAGUCGCAGAUGUGAUAUACUUUACUGACAGUAGCACGGUUUUUCAAAGAAGGCAGUUCAUGGCGUCGAUCUUGAGCGGAGAUAAGACGGGAAGGUUAUUUAAGUACCAUCUAGCGAGUAAACAAGUUACGCUUUUACAAGAAGGCCUUGCUUUUGCCAAUGGUGUUUCAUUAAGCAAAGACAAUUCGUAUGUGCUAGUUGUUGAGUCCAUCACAGGCAGGAUCCUUAGACAUUGGCUUCGAGGUUCUGAGGCGGGAAACGUCGAGGUUCUCGCACAGCUUCCAGGGUUCCCCGACAACAUUAGAAGAAACAGGAGAGGCGAAUAUUGGAUCGCUUUGCACUCGAAGAAAGGAGUUGUUGGGAACUUGGUUACUUCAACCUCUUGGUUUGGGAAUCUUCUGUUGAAGCUUCCUUUUGACUUCAAGAAAUUGCAUGGGUUGCUUGUGGGAGGGAAGCCCCAUGCAACUGCCGUCAAGUUGAGCGGGGAAGGAGUGCUUUUGGAGAUUUUGGAAGACUGUGAAGGCAAGACUUUGAAAUUCAUUAGUGAAGUGGAAGAGAGGGAUGGGAAGCUUUGGUUCGGGUCGGUUCUAAUGCCGUUCGUGGGCGUUUACGAACCAAAGUAAGUAAGGUUGUCCAAAGCUAUUUCUCAAGAUACCGUUAAUUAAGGUCGUCCAAAGCUACUUCUCGAGAUACCAUUCGGGUAUAUAGUUCACUCUUGCUUCUGGUAGUUUUAGUUUUCCUUCUAGAUGAUCAUAAAAUGGAGCGAAAGAAGCUCUUGUCGAUCUAACUUUUGGUUAAUAUAUUUGGAUUUUGAAUCUUUCUUCAA